CCUCCCCCCUCCCCCCACCCCCCCUCGAAACACCCUCUUUUUCUCUCUUCAAUCCUCACCUUCAUCAUCAUCUUCUUCAUCUUCCGUCACAGUUCAAUUCCUCCGCAGCUCAAUUUCAUUGUAAUAAUGGCGGCCACAAUGUUGGUCCCUCCGUGGCUGGAGCCGCUGCUAAACACGGCGUUCUUCGCCGUCUGCCGCACCCACGGCGACGGCGCCAGGAGCGAAUGCAACAUGUUCUGCCUAGAUUGCGGCGGCGCAGCCGCCGCCUUCUGCUUCUACUGCCGCUCUUCCCGCCACAAGGAUCAUCAAGUCAUUCAGAUAAGGAGGUCUUCGUACCAUGAUGUUGUGAGGGUUUCGGAGAUUCAGAGGGUGCUGGACAUCACCGGAGUUCAAACUUACGUUAUUAACAGUGCAAGAGUUUUGUUCCUUAACGAGCGGCCGCAACCUAAGACCAGCGGCAAAGCUGUUUCUCACAUCUGCGAGAUCUGCAGCAGAAGCCUUUUGGACCCUUUCCAGUUUUGUUCAUUGGGUUGUAAGCUUGUAGGAAUAAAGAGGAAUGGGAAUGCAAGCUUUGUCUUGGAUGCAAAGAAUGAGUUUGGAAUGGAAAGAGGGGAAGGGAUAUCAUCAAGAAGGGCAUCAAAGGAGGAAGAUGAAUUGCGUGAAGCCUCACAACAUGACAUUUACCCGGCCACGCCUCCGCCCCCGCCUUCCAAUGGAAGGAGAAGAAAAGGCAUUCCCCGAAGGGCGCCCUUUUUAUCCUGACUGUUGUUGGAUGUGUUGUCGGUUGGGUUUUAGAUCAACUCUGUAUUUAUAAAAGAAAUUCAAAUUCUUUAAAUUAAAUUAAAUUUUAUAGAAAGAAUUGAGGAAUAUAUACAACUCAUUUAUA